GCCAAGAACCUGCACGUGGUCUCCCUGCAGCCGAGGUGGGGCAGCCACGGCGUCGACCCCGCGGCGGGCAUCUCCGUCAUCUUCGAGGACUUGAUCUCGGCGGACGACGUGCUGGCCAUCGUCCGCGUCUUCCCCACGGCCCUGAAGGAGGUCUGCCUGUACCUAACCGAGUACGGCCAGUUCGCCUUCUUCCCCACCGAGACAGGCAUCGGCGGCCUCAAGACGGCGAGCGGGGACGAGACGAGUCCUGAGUUCGGGGUGCCUGUUCCGUUCGUUUGCCAGACCUUCAGCGUGGGAGACCAGGCCUCUGUGGUUGUAAGCGGGGAGGUCCUCAAGAUCCAGCCGAAGUAUCCUCUCAUGCGCAACACGGAGUACACAGUGAUGUUGCCCAGAAGGGCAGUGAAGGCGAGCGCGUUCGCGAGCGGCGCCUUCCAGGGCGCCAUGUUCAACGGCUGGCCCAGCGAGGGGGCCCCUGCGGACGAGGAGUACGUCUUCACCACCGGCAGCCCGGCCGCCUCCCGCGCGCAGGCCUCCGUCUCCGUGGGCUGCGGCUCGGAGGCAGAUUGUGCCUCGCGACGAGACGUCCUCGACCGGGAAAUGGAUGACGUCGCAUUGAGGACGGCCUGCUUCAUCGCCUGGUUCCGCUGCUCGAACGACACCUCCUCUGCCCGCUACUGCGAGCAGCCGGCGGGCAUGGACUGGUGCGAGGUGAACGCCGACGCCUGGAACGCCACGGCGGGGCCCGAGGGGGCCUCCGCCGCGCCGGCGGGCGCCUUGGGCGCCGCCCCCCGCCCGGGCGGCGCCGACGUCCUGAGCGCGACGGGCUCCCGGGCCGGGCUCGCCGCGCGGGCCCUGCUGCGCUGCCUCCCCUGGUGGGCGUGGGCCUGCGCGCUGGGCGCCUGGGCGCUCUGCGCCUUCGCCAGCUACCGGGCGACGCAGUGGAUAUGCGACGUCUACCGGAAGAGCCGGAUGUACGACCCCUACGUGUGCCAGGUGACGAAGUACCUGCCCUUCUGGGCAACGGUCUCGGUGCUGAUCCUGGUGGUCGUCAGCGGCACGUUCGGGGCGCACGCGGCCGAGACCACGUAUCAGCGGGAGGGUUCGGCCCAUGAGCAGAGAGAUGCUGGACGCGCAGACCGAAGAGCCGAUGGACCUUCCAUACUUCCGUGGGAGGCAGCUCUGCGCCUUCACGCUCGCGGCCUCCGCUUCCGCGGCCGGCAUCUCCGCCGUGGCUUCCGGGGCGACGGCGCGCUUCCGGAUGUGCUACCACGACGUCGGCCAGGCCGCGGCCCUGGCGUCCGCGGCGCUCGCGCUGGUGGCCGUGCUGGCGUCCUCGUGCGGGUUCGUUCGGGGCGCAGGCCUGGGGACCGUGGCCGCCGCCAUGCUCUGCGUGGGGGCCGCCGGCGUCUGCACGGCGCUGCUGGCCCUGCCGCUCGGGCUCCUGGUGCUGUACUCGCGGGCCGGCGUCGGUGA